AUGGACUCUCCAACAUCGCCGACGACGAUUGACAAUCGGCAUGGUCAAAACAACAACGAUUCUUCAUCUUCCACUGGAAAUCACUUAUCUGAUAUUAAGAGAGCCAUAACUGGAGCAGCGAACUGGGCCUGGGAGCUACUGAGAGACGAUCACUGGCGUGGUGAGGUCCGAACGAACGCAACCAUUACAGCUCAACAGGUCUUUUUUUACCAGUCCCUUGGCAGGGAUCCGAUUCCUGAUGCUGACGCAUACCGUCAAUAUCUCUUGGGAGAGCAACAAGAUGACGGUUCAUGGGCUCUUGCUUGGCAAACACCGGGGGAUGUUUCAACCAGUUGUGAGGCUUAUCUGGCACUGAAGAUUUUGGGUGUGAGCACCACUUCGGUGGAAAUGACCAAAGCACGACGUUGGAUUCUCGAUGCUGGAGGCGUUGCUGCUGUUCGAGUAUUUACCCGGAUCUUCUUGGCCCAGUUUGGUCUGUUCCCUUGGGACUCUCUGCCUCAGCUCCCCAUGGAGCUCAUCUUACUCCCGCCCAAUGCCUGGAUCAAUAUUUACCGGAUGUCGUACUGGGCAAGAACAACAAUAGUCCCUCUUCUCAUCAUUGCGCAUCAUCAGCAUGUAUAUGCACUGCCAAACGGGAGAUCUGAGCAAAAUGACUUUCUGGAUGAGCUUUGGCUUGACCCCAAAAGAAAGGCGGUCCCAUGCUGUCCCUCAUUGUGGAGUGGGAAAAGGUCGGGCUUCUAUACCUGCUUCUUCUCGGUGGUUGAUAGCCUACUCUAUUAUCUCAACGGACUACGGAACUUUCCUCUUCGUUCUUUGGCCCGCAAACGGUGCGUGGAGUGGAUUUUGGAGCACCAAGAGCCGACAGGCGACUGGGGUGGGAUCUCACCACCAAUGCAUGCUGGUGUCCAGGCAUUACUCCUUGAAGGAUUCACGGAGAAGGACAGGGAGAUAAGAGUGGCAAUCGAAGCCAUCGAGAACUUCACAUGGGAUGAUGCUUCUGGCAAGCGCAUGCAAUCCACGGUGUCCCCGGUGUGGGAUACCGUCCUGAUGACACGAGCGAUGUGCGAGUCCGGGGUGGCCAACAAGGACGACAAUCGCCUACAGCGGGCAGCAAGCUGGAUCGAGCGACAACAGAUCCGAAAGUGCAAAGGAGACUGGUCCCACUACAGGGCUCAUCUGCAACCUGCCGGGUUUACCUUCCAGUAUCAUAAUGACUGGUACCCUGACCUUGACGAUACAUCCGCCGCUGUUAUCAGCCUUUUGCGCCAGAACCCAGCAUCCGUCACAUCAGACACUGUGAUCGAGGCAGUGGAGUGGAUGUGUGGAAUGCAGAACCGAGAUAAUGGAUGGGGAGCCUUCGAGGCCGACAACGACCAUCUGUGGCUAAACGAGAUUCCCUUCAGCGAUCUUGAUGCGCUCUGUGAUCCCUCAACACCAGACAUUACCGGCCAUGUCCUUGAGGCUCUCGGUAUGUUUUCUAAAGAGCUACUGAGCAGAGGUACCAAGGAUUACAAGUACUGGGGCCUUCUUGAAGUGGUGACUGUUGCAUCUAGUCGAGCAAUACAAUUCCUGGCUGUGCAACAGGAAACCUUUGGCGCAUGGUGGGGUCGCUGGGGGAUUAAUUACGUCUACGGGACCAGUGCCGUCCUCUCCGGUUUGUCUUACUUCUGCGAAAGUGAUGAAAUGGUUCAAGAUAUGAUGUCUGCAGGGGUGCGGUGGCUCAAGCACGUUCAGAAUGAAGAUGGCGGAUGGGGGGAAGGCAUCGAGUCCUACAAGGAUCAACGGCAAGCAGGAAAAGGUGUGUCUACCGCGGCUCAAACAGCCUGGGCCAUAAUGGGACUUCUCGAGACUUUGGUUUCUGAAGACGGAACCGGAGCAUCUUGGGACGCAUCUCGGUAUACUGGGACCGGGUUCCCGAAACAUCUGUACAUGGACUACGCUUUGUAUACGCAUUACUUUCCGUUGAUGGCUAUGGGGAGAUAUGCUGGGGCUCUUGAGAAGAAACACGCAGCAAACUCUGAGUAG